AUAUGACCCAAAUCUUUUCAUGCAGAUCUUUCGAUAUAUCGAUCUUCCAAAACGUUUAUAAGCAAAACCGCUAAUGCGUCAUUCCGGACAGCUACGUCAAGAAGUGAUUGUCUGACUUCAGUUGGCAUACAACAUGUUGCUUGGUGUGGCUGUUAUUGUAAGCUUGUUAUGGCUCUUUUAUAAACAUUGGGUAUCAGUCUAUAGUCACUGGAAGAAGAGGAACAUACCAUUUUACCCAGCCAAAUUCCCUUAUGGUAGUGAUCCAAACUUGGUGAAAUUAAAAGAAUACAGAGGCUACACUAUUGAUAAGAUGUAUCACAAAUUUGCUUCACAUCCAAUGUUUGGAGUUUUUUCUCUAAGGAGUCCAAUGCUGAUAAUCAAAGACCCAGAAAUAAUUCAGCUGGUUUUGACAAAAGAGUUUUCACACUUCAGAGACAGGGGCAUUAUUAAACUCCCUGAAAAAGACGUAUUAAAUCAUCAUUUAUUCCAUCUUGGAGGUGAAAAGUGGAGAGCUUUAAGAAUGAAACUUACUCCUACAUUUACCAGUGGAAAACUGAAAGCUAUGUUUCCACUUUUUAUCAGUUGUGCUGAGAGUUUCAGCUCCCUUUUGUUAUCUAAAGCUGAUUCAAAAAUUGAUAUAAAAGAACUAAUUGGUCGUUUCACAGCAGAUGUUAUUUGUAGCUGUGCAUUUGGCUUGGAAAUGGAUGUCAUAAACCACCCAGAUAGCAAACUUAGAAAGAUUGGGAUGGAAAGAAUAAAAUUAACAUUUCUAACAAAAUUAAAAAUUGCUGUCACUCGAUUAUUUCCAGCAUUGUCAGCAUUAUUAAAAAUAAGGUUUACUCCUUUAGAGGAUGAAAAUUACAUCAUAAAUCUUGUUAAGAAUAUAGUAGAACAACGAGAAAAAAAUGGCAUUGUAAGAAAUGAUUUCAUAGAUCUCUUAAUGCAAUUAAAAGAUAAAGGAAAUAUUGGAGAUGAUGGACAGGAAUUUGAAAAACCUUUUGAAAUGACAUUGGAACUAAUGGCAGCACAAUGUUUUGUCUUUUUUCUUGCUGGAUUUGAAACUUCAAGUUCAUUACAAAGUUUCUGCCUCUAUGAACUAGCACUUCACCAAGAUAUUCAAUCAAGAGUAAUUAAAGAGAUAAAUGAAAAAAUAGAAAGGAACAAUGGCCUUACAUAUAAGGCUCUGCAUGAAAUGGAAUAUCUAGAUAUGGUCAUAUCAGAAACAUCUAGGAAGUACCCAACAGUACCAGUCUUAAAUAGGUAUUGUACAAAGACUGUAACUCUGCGUUCUGGUCAAAAAAUAGAGCAGGAUACUAUGAUCAUCAUUCCUGUUUGGUCUUUGCACCAUGAUCCUCAAUACUUUUCGGAUCCAGAUAAAUUUGACCCUACACGGUUUUCACAAGAAAACAAAGACUCUAUUGUUCCUUACACUUAUUUGCCAUUUGGGGAAGGACCUAGAAUGUGUAUUGGAAUGAGAUUUGGACUUCUCCAAACCAAGGUGGGAAUUGUGACUCUCCUUCAAAAAUUUAAGGUAGAGCCAUGCGAAAAUACCAAGAUCCCUCUUGUAAUGGGAGGAAUUUCGGCCACUACUGCAUCUAAUGAGCCUAUUAUUAUUAAACUGAUAAAAAGAUCUUAAAUACAUUUUUGUUUCCAUUAGGGGAACAUUGAUAAUGCUGUCAUUCAUUUCCUUAUUGCCCAAUCAGUAUUUUGAAUGUAAAAUUCAAUGAGGUAUACUAUAUAUGUAUCACAACUCCCAUUAAAUUAAUUUAUUUUUACUCAAUCUAUUAUAUUUAACAUUAUAGUAUGAUAUUUCAAAUGUCCA